UUGCUACCCGGGACAUAAUGCGGACGGACAGUUGCCAUGGGACGCAGACGCUGCUGCGGUAGCUUAAAGCUAACGGAGCUGAACUUUGUUGAAAGGCAGAAGAAACGUCAUUAAAACGUCAGAGUCCAGUUUCCGCUCGCAUAGUUGCGUCAGCGGGGCGGUAAAUGAUGUCAGCAGUGACGUUUUCACGGUGAAGGACUACAAAAGGAUAAGCCGCGAGGCUCCGCUGUUGACCUGUACGGGAGCCGGGAGGUUCAUCCGCAGCAGGACGCCUCUCCCCCAGGCCAGGUUCAGCCCCUCUGGUUCGGUUCUGGUUCGGAUCAUGUCGGACUGUGACCCAGCUGCAGAGGAUCCAGGUUCUACUGGGCCUCCUACCCGACCUGCUCUGGCAGCCAAGGCUCUGUCGGAACCGUUCGGGCGGCUUCGGUACCGGGACACCUCCCUGCUGAUCUGGCAGCAGCAGCAGCUGGGGGCGGUACCGCCCUCCACCUACCUGACCCGCAGCCAGUCCGCCUGGUACAGCAGCUAUGGGAACCAGGCGGUUCUGGUCCGGAACCGCGGGGCCCUGCGUGGUUCCGAAGGACAGUCCCGGAUCUGCAGCAUCAUGUAGAACUGCUGCGGUUCCGGAUGGGCAGAACCCACCUGAAGGUUCUGACCUGAAGAUCCACUGGAUCCGGGAUCUAAACAGAACUUUCUGGUUUAGGAAGGUUCCGGUCCAAAGUCCUGGGGUUCUAUUGGACUAUGAGCCGGUUUAGUGGUUCUGUUGGACCUCUCUUUCCUGUGUGUUUGGACCAGAACCCUCUAGAUCUAAAACAGGAUGACUGAACCGCCAUAGAUCUAUGUGACACAGAGUGAAAGAUGUCACAGAACAUUUGUCCAACACAGAAAGUUCAGUGGAAGGAAAAACUGCCCCAGGAACCGCUUCAGGUUGGUCCAGAUCCAGGCCAGUGCUCAGAGGUCCAGAGUAGGACCGGACCAGAACCCACCAGACUGAACGUUCCAGUCAGCAAUGAUUUCAGCUGGAUCUGGUCCACUGGGUGUUCUGAUGGCACCACCCACCCAGUCUUUAUGGAGCUGCUGAUGCAGAACCUGGUACCAGAGGCUGGUCCACUGAGCAUGGUGGGCCGGACCAGAACCUCAUAAUCUAUGGAGUCAAAGGAAAAUGAGAAAUAGCUGGGCUUCUGUUGGACCUCAUCAGAACCACAGGCUGCUCUCCUCUAUGCCUGCAGAACCACCAUGGCUCAGAGGAGCCCAAACCCGGUUCUGGAUGCCUACGGAUCGACAUUUCAAAAAUAUUCUUUACUGUUUAAAGUCUGUUAUUGAUCCAAAGGUUCUGAUGUUCUGAACUUUGGGUUUUCCUUCUGAGACAGAAUCAGGAAAUAAAGGCUGAACUAUUUGACUCUAA